UUUAUUGCAACACCUGGAAUGCUUAACGUGGACUGAUGGAUGUUUCCGAACUGUGCAUCCCUGACCCUCUCUGCUACCACAACCAGUUGCUAACCAGAAUGCCCUCUGAGGACAGACACCUAUCCUCCAGCUGUGGUUCAUACGUCAAAACCGAGCCUUCCAGUCCAUCCUCCUCACUAGUAGACACCGGCAGUCACCACAGUCCCAGCGGCAACUCUGACGCCAGCGGCGGCUACGUGAACGGCAGCAGCAGACACUCGCACGCCCUGGACUCCCCGCCAAUGUUCAACCCAGGCAUGCUCGGAGGAGGCGCUGCCUGCCUACGCCGCUAUGAAGAGUGCUCCGGAGUCGUGGCGGACGACUCGCCGAUCAAGUGCGAGUACAUGCUCAAUGCCAUUCCCAAGAGGCUGUGCCUGGUGUGUGGUGACAUUGCCUCGGGCUACCACUACGGGGUGGCCUCCUGUGAGGCCUGCAAAGCCUUUUUCAAAAGGACGAUACAAGGGAAUAUUGAGUACAGCUGUCCAGCCACCAAUGAAUGUGAGAUCACCAAAAGGAGACGCAAGUCGUGCCAGGCCUGUCGCUUCAUGAAAUGUCUUAAAGUGGGCAUGUUGAAAGAAGGUGUACGUCUGGACCGGGUGAGAGGGGGGAGACAGAAGUACAAACGGAGGUUGGACGCAGAGAACAGCGCCUACCUCGGCCUCAGCAUCCCCCCUCCAGCCAAAAAGCCACUGACCAAGAUUGUUUCCCAUCUGUUGGUCGUGGAGCCAGAGAAGAUCUAUGCCAUGCCUGACCCCACCAUGCCUGACGGAGACAUCAAGGCCCUGACCACGCUGUGCGACUUGGCCGACCGCGAGUUGGUGGUCAUCAUCGGCUGGGCGAAACAUAUCCCAGGUUUUUCCACUCUCUCGCUGGCAGACCAGAUGAGUCUACUGCAGAGCGCCUGGAUGGAGAUUCUGGUGCUGAGCAUUGUGUUUCGCUCGCUGCCCUGCGAGGACGAGAUCGUGUACGCAGAGGACUACGUGGUGGACGAGGAGCAGGCGAGGAUCUCAGGCCUGCUGGACCUGCAUGUCGCCAUCCUGCCGCUGGUCCGACGCUACAAGAAGCUGCGCAUGGAAAAGGAGGAGUUUGUCACGCUCAAAGCCAUCGCCCUCGCCAACUCUGACUCCAUGCACAUAGAGAACAUCGAGGCCGUCCAAAGGCUCCAGGAUUCUCUCCACGAGGCCCUGCAGGACUUUGAGGGCUCCCAGCAUCCAGAGGACCCUCGGCGGGCGGGCAAGCUGCUAAUGACCCUGCCGCUGCUCCGUCAGACCGCCACCAAGGCCGUUCAGCACUUCUACAGCAUCAAAAUGCAGGGCAAAGUCCCCAUGCACAAACUAUUCCUCGAGAUGCUGGAGGCCAAGGCUUGA